AUGAAGAGUCUAUAUUGGAAUAUAAGGGGCAUUGCUAAUCCCCCAUCAAGAUUAGUACUUAAGAGGUUGCUAAAGAAUCACAAACCAGAUUUUCUGUUCAUAGCUGAGCCUAAAACUGUUUUUGACAAGCUUCCUAGCAACUGGUUCCUUAAGCUGGGAUUUAAGUUAUUUGCUUCUAAUAAGACUUGCUUACCUUCUCUUUGGUGUUUUUGUUUGUCUGAUAUUGACCCGAAUAUUCUGGAGAUCUCGGAUCAGUAUAUUGCCUUCUCUUUUGUUUUGGAGAAUAAGUUGCUAGCCUCCGCUGCCAUCUACGCUUCUACUAGUCCGCAGAUUAGGCAGACUCUCUGGAGAGAUCUCGCGUUACUGCAGGCCCGUUUUGUUAUCCCUUGGACGUUUUUAGGGGAUUUUAAUGCCAUCAUUGGCGCACAUGAACACAGAGGCAGGUUGUCGCCUGCGAAAGGUCCCAUGAAAGAUUUUCGUUCGUGGUCGGACUCAAAUCAUCUCAUCCAUGUUCCCACUCAAGGCUCGUUUUUCACCUGGUCCAACAAAAGAGGCGAUCCUUUCUUCAUUGAGAGAAGGCUUGAUAGAGUGGUUGCUAAUCAAGCUUGGUUGAAUUUAUGCACUAGCACCUCAGUGUGUACCCUUAACAAAUUACGCUCUGAUCAUUUUCCUAUUCUCUUGGAUUUCUCGGCCAAUCCGAUUAAGGUUAUCUCGAGAUUCAGGUUUUUUCAAGCUUGGGCGCGGCAUCCUGGCUGUAAGGAGGUGGUAUCUAAUUGCUGGAAGCAGAAGGUUAUCGGCAGCCCUUUGGUGGUGCUGGGUAAAAAGCUGCAGUUACUUAAGAAGGAGUUAAAUUGCUGGAAGCACUCUUGUUUCGGUAAUGUGACUCAGAAUGUUUUGCAGGCUGAGAUUGAGCUCAAAAGGAUUCAAGAUAAUCCCGACCCUGAUUUGGUGAAUUUUAACAGAUUGGAGAAAGAUGCGCAAGAUAAGUUGUCCCUAGCCUUGGAUAUAGAGGAAAGUUUUUGGAAGGAGAAAGCGAAAAUCAAAUGGCACGUGGAGGGAGAUCGCAAUACCGCUUAUUUUCAUCGCUUGUCCAAAAUCCGUAAUGCUGUCAAGCCAAUCUCCAUUCUUAGAGCUGGCGAGGAAAUUUUUUCGGAGUCGUCUCAGAUUUCCUCUCAUGUGGUAGAGUACUACAAAAGUUUAUUUUCUAACCAUGUUUCUUUGUUGCAGGACUUCGCCUUGGUGGAGAAUUCCAUUCCUUGUAUGGUGAAUGACGAGAUGAACAAUAUGCUCACGUUAUUGCCUUCUCUCGAGGAAAUAAAAGCGGCCGUUUUUUCGUUAAAUCAUGAUAGUGCGCCAGGGCCCGAUGGAUUUGCAUGUGAUUAUUCCUUUUAG